AUGGUCUCGUCCACCGCCGCGCUAAUGGUUCUGAUGGUCACUCAGGUGUUUUUUGCGGGCUCCAGUGGACUCGUUCCUCAGGUCGGCCGGUCCUCUCUGUCUCCGGACGUCCUGCACGCGUUUGAACUUCGGCUUCUGAGCAUGUUUGGGCUCCAGCACAGACCCACUCCCAGCAGCUCCGCAGUGGUUCCUCAAUACAUGCUGGACUUGUACUCGGCGCACUCCGUGAACGCAGAGCAGGUUAGCAGACCCAGAGCUCACUUAGGGAAAGGCUCCGAGAGAUCCGCCAGCAGAGCCAACACUAUCAGGAGCUUCCACCAUGAUGAAUCUACAGAAGAUCUGUCCAGCUCCAGUGUUAGGACGACGCAGCGGUUCCUCUUCAACCUGACCUCCAUCCCAGACGAGGAGUUGGUGACGUCAGCAGAGCUGCGCGUUUUCAGAGAGCAGAUCGUGAGUUCGCUAAACAACGCAAGUGCGGGAUUUCACCGCAUUAACGUUCACGAAAUCAUCAGGCCGUCCGGUUCUCUUCAGGAGCCCAUCACUAGACUCUUGGACACCAGGCUUGUUCAACACAGCUUGAGCAAAUGGGAGAGCUUUGACGUAACUCCUGCUGUAUUAAAGUGGACCACAGACGGACACCCUAACCAUGGGAUAUUGGUGGAAAUAUCACACCCAGAUCAAGACUCCAGAAAACAUGUGCGCGUAAGUCGGUCCCUUCACAACAAUGAGGACACGUGGUCUCAAAUGAGGCCGCUUUUGGUGACCUACAGCCACGAUGGAAAGGGAAACGUGCUGCAUUCUCGUGAAAAACGACAAGCGAGGAAUAAUAAGCAGAGAAAGAAGCAUAAAGCAAACUGCAGGAGACAUUCCCUGUACGUGGACUUCAGCGACGUAGGCUGGAAUGACUGGAUUGUGGCGCCGCCGGGUUACCAUGCAUUCUACUGCCAGGGCGAGUGCCCGUUUCCACUGGCGGACCACUUGAACUCCACUAACCACGCUAUCGUGCAGACACUGGUGAACUCGGUGAACAGCAACAUUCCCCGAGCCUGCUGCGUGCCCACUGACCUCAGUCCGGUUUCUCUGCUAUAUCUGGACGAGUACGAGCGGGUCAUCUUAAAAAACUACCAGGACAUGGUGGUGGAGGGAUGCGGGUGCCGCUGA